GAUCCUUUCCAUUAUGAGAACAAUAUACGCAAAGCAGUCGAGGCGGGUCAGCGUCUAGGCGUACAACCCAUACUCACGCCCAAGGACAUGGCUAACCCUGAAGUAGAGCAUUUAGGCAUAAUGGCUUAUGCCGCGCACUUGCAAUGGGUGCCACCGCGUCCACCACUUUCUGACCUCAUAAACGUACUUAUGGAAAGCAAUUCUGGACGCGUCGGCGAGCCGACUCACUUCCGCAUCGAUGUGCUCUCGCGCGACAUUAGCCUUAGCACGGUGAAAGCUUUUGUAGUACCGCCAUCAGGUCAACCACAGCCGGUACGUUUAAAUCCACAUGGCGAGGGUGUCUACAUACCCGAAAAGUACGGCAUGCACGAGAUUAUUGUAGAGAUCGGCGAGGACAGCUUGGGCGGACACUUCUUCCGUGUGCUGCCACGAUUUAUACAAGUAGCGCCACCAGGUAUGGCACCCUGUGCACUUGGCAGUCUUGUUGAAGUGCUAGUAAAUGCAACCGGCGCGCCAAAGACCGAAGACAUACUGGUCACAGCCGUCUCGCCGACUGGCAUCUCGCACAACUGCCCAUUGAAGAAGGUCGACGAAGGACACAGUGCCAUAUUUAAGCCGGACGAAGCGGGAAUCUGGGAAAUCGCCAUCACCUAUCAGGGGCGCCACAUACAGGGCGGACCAUUCACUUGUGCCGUCUUCGACGCCAGCGGUGUCUCUGUGCAUGGUUUGGAUGGCGCUAUGCCAUUGCGCGCGCACUCCUUCGAAGUGGAUGCGCGCGGCGUUGGCGUCACUGGCGAACUGCAUGUGGACAUUGUACAUGAUAAGCGCUCGCUUGUAUGUUCCGUUGAGAAAAUUGUCGAAAAUAAAUACAGGGUCACUUUCAUGCCACGUCAUAAUGGCAAAUAUCGUGUCUAUGUAUAUUUCAAUGGUUACGAUGUGAAAGGCUCGCCAUUCAUUAUGCGCGUCGGCACCAAGGGCCGCUCGGGCAAAACGCGCAGUAGUCCCUUGCACGAGAGCAAACAUCGCUCGGAGAGUCCUUCAAUGCAUUACACCUCAACUACAAAUACAAGGCACAAUGACUACAGGAACGCAACAUCCGCAGCGACAGCCUCGCUAUCGCGGCGAGAUUUAUUGAAUCACAAUAGCUCGGAACGGCAGAGAUCAUAUUCACCACAGAUAUCGCCGAAGGUCGAUGCGAACGACUACCGCACCACAUCGAGCUACUACAAAAGGGAGAGUGAGGACGAAUUGGCAACAUCCACUCCACCACCACUGGCUCCCCAAUACCUCACACGCGAUCAACACAACAAUUCGCCUAAUACUAAAUAUUUCAAUUCAACCGAUUUAUAUACCCUAAAUACUGCACGCCGUGACUCGAAGGUCUCUUCGAACUCUUCGACAACCAAGAACGACUACUACUACGACAAAGAGAAUGAAUUGUACUCGUAUCAUCGUAAACGUAAAGAUCGUGACUUGAAAUUGGCACCACCGCGCGAAGAACGCUUCGACGACUCGCCAACGCAGGCGCCAUCGCUUUACCAACAAUUCCAUGUGCUGCAGCAGCAGCAGCAACAACAGAGUCACACCGCCAGCGCCAAGGCGGCAAGCACUUUUACUACGACACGUCUCAGCCCGAUACCUAGCAUACGCUCGAGUGAAGUACGCACCCACAGUCCAUUGACAAUUAAAACUUCGAUUCCAUAUGAAUCGAAUCCGCGCAAUUUAAGCAACAGUCCACGACACACCUCGAUUUCGCCGGUGCAACGAUAUUCGCCUAGCAACGCCUACAUUUCAACAGCCACACAUCGAAUCGGCAGCCCAGUCACAACUCUGAAUAAGAACGGUCUUAACCGCUCCGACUAUGAAACUUCUCGCACUGUUGAAAAAUCGUCCACAUACAAAUCGACCUCUAACUACGUUUCCGAUUCGAAUGUACGUGCCAGCCCCUCGCUCUACACAACUGCCGAGCGCUUGCGUCGCACUGCCUCACCCGAACCGCGCAUCGAUCAUUCGUCGAAUGUGCGUGUGUCAUCGGUUAAACCGACAACGGCGCGACGCGACAGCUGGGAUGUUAUCAAUAAAACCAAGCAUAUGCUUUCACAUAAUUCGCUCGAAUCUUUGGCAAAUAUGACGGAAAAGCAACUAAAUACGGACCUCUCGUAUAAUCGACCCGAUAUCGAUCACGAAACACAUCGCAAUACACAAUACAACAAAUUUGCAUUACAAGAACAGAAAUAUCACUCAGAUCGACGUGGAUCACGUGAUUCUGUCGAUGAUGUGGAACGUUACAAACCCAGUGCCAUUACAGUGAAAUCACAUUCGAACAACACUUAUACCGACAAAUCAGGUGGCUAUACAAAAACUGUUAAGGAAUCUAGUGAACACGUUGUUACGGAGCGCACUUCUGGUGGUGCGGGCGCUGGAAAUGGUCAAUAUGGUUAUAGUUCAUUAUCGCGAUUUCGACCCAUAGACAACAAUGCAACCGGAGCGCGUGCUAUACGUGUACAAGAUAUACCAAACGGUGCCAUUGGACGUCCCGUUGAAUUUGAGAUUGAUGGCUCAAAGGCGGGUUCGGGAAAUUUGGAAAUACUCGUCAAUGGUGGACGUGUCACAUCGUCGGUACGUUCGCUGGGCGGUCAACGCUUUGUAGCUAGCUUUACACCGCACGAGCCGGGCAUACACACUGUGCAGAUAACUUUCAAUGGAGAAACAGUGCCGGGUGAGUGAAUGAUACUCGUAUUACUUAUACUGAUAUUAUAAAUGUGAAAGUUUGUGAGUAAACGGCUAAACGAAUUUCGAUAACGUUUGGCGCACAGAUAGUCUAUAAGCUGGAUUAAUAUAUAGGAUAUUCUUAAGGGAGCUGCAACCUUUUUCAGGACUUAAAUCAAUCAAUAAGUUAAAUAAAAUAUUAUAACAAUGUGAGUGUCAAACUGAAAAUUUUGUUUCGAAAAUAUUUUUGAGAGUGUUGCAAUCGGUUAAAUAUAUAAAUCGAUUAAUUAAUAAGUUAACUAAAAUAUCACAACAAUGCGGUUGUCAAACGAAAUCAACUCAAAAAUUAUUUGUUUAAGAAAAUAUUUUUUAAAAAGGUUGCCACCUUUUGAGAAGCUAAAAUUAGGUUAAUUACAAAUUUGAAUAAAAUGUUUUAAUAUAGGU